AUGGACCUCAGCCUGUUCUCGACGUUUGUCGGCGUUUCCCUGCUGGUUGUCGUCGUAUAUGUUUCACUUGUCUAUCUGUUCAGCCCCACAUACGACCCGAGAGAACCACCGGUAAUCUCCAGCUUGAUCCCAUAUGUCGGGCACAUACUCGGAUUACUACGCUAUGGCCAGCGCUACUUUGAAAUCUUGAGCGCUCGUAACAACCUUCCAAUCUACACCCUCCAAACCCUCAACAAACGCACCUACGUCGUCAACUCCGCCGACCUCGUCACGGCCGUCGAACGCAACGAGAAAACCAUAGCCUUCUUCCCAUUCGUCUACUCACUAGCUCCACGAUUCUUUGACCUAGCGCCGGACUCACGAACUAUGGAUUUGAUCAGGCCUAGGUUCACGAUUGCGAGUACGGAGUCCAUUUAUGGGAAGAGAAACCCAAUUCGUCUUGACCCGGAGCUGGUCGAGGCUUUUUGGGACUUCGAGAAGGACUUUACCAUGAUACUUCUCGGCCUUUAUCCCAAAUAUACUGCUCGAAAAGGCUACGCAGGCCGCCGAAAGCUCCACCAUGGCCUAAACGGGUACUUCAACCGCGGCGACCAUGAAUACGGUCUGGGCGUCUUGAAAGCCCGCCACGACGCCGUAACCAACAACGGCGGCACGACCGACGACGUCGCCCGCUUCGAAAUCGGCGAUCUGAUCGGCGUGCUCGUCAACGCCACACCCACGUUCUUCUGGAUGCUACUGACCAUAUACUCGGACGCCGCUCUCCUGGAGGAGAUCCGCACCGAGAUCGGAGCCACGAUGACAACAACAACAACAACAACCGAGCCAUCCGCAACCGGGAACAGAAAAAGAAAGCACGAAAUCGACAUCACAGUCCUCGAAACCCAAUGCCCGCUCCUCCUCUCCGCCUACCGCGAACUCCUCCGCCACCGCACCCAGAGCUCCUCCUCCCGCUCUGUCAUCCGCGACACCAUCCUCGCCUCCCAAUACCUCCUGAAAAAGGACUCCGUCCUCCUCGUCCCCGGCGCCCUCAUCCACGCGGACCCCAUCUGGGGCCCCGACCGCACCGAAUACAACCCCCGCCGCUUCCUCAAACCACCACCGCCACCGUCGUCACCGUCCGCCGCCGCCCCCCAAUCGAGCGGUGCCGCCAAGGUCGUCCACCCGGGCGCCUACCGCGCCUGGGGCGGCGGCCAGACGCUGUGCCCGGGCCGGUUCUUCGCGACGACGGAGAUCACGGGCGCGGUGGCGAUGGUGCUGAUGCGGUUCGAGAUGGAGGCGGCGGGUGGGAAGUGGGUGUUUCCGAAGGUGGAGGGGAAUCGGGUGGCGAGCAGUAUCCACCCGCCGAGUACGGAUGUGAGGGUGAGGAUUAGGGAGAGGGUUGGAUAUGAGGGGGAUGGUUGGGGGUUUAUUUUUGCCGAGGGUGUUUAG